AUGCGCCUUUCCUCUCAGCCUCGCCCUCGGCUCAAACUUCCGCCCGUCUCUCCCCGCGCAGGCGCCUUUCCACUCUGUGUCGCCGCGGACUGGAACUUCCGCCCUUCUCGGCCCGCGCAGGCUCGCUCUCUCGUCUCUCCCCCCCUCCCUGUAUUCCCCCGGCCGCGGCUUUCCGCGGAGCAUGCGCAGUGCGGCGGAGCCUCUGAGGGAGGAGAGGGGGGUGGGGAAAUGGCGGCCGCGGUGCUGGCGGUGGCGGAGGGCGGCGGAGGAGGAGGAGGAAGCGGAGGCUGCCCUGGCGGGGGCUCCGGCAGCCUGGCCGCGGGGGGCUGCCCGGGAGGCGCCGCGGCGGGGGGCCCGUCGUCGUGGACGCGUUCCUUGGAGCGGGCGCUGGAAGAGGCGGCGGCCAGCGGCGCCCUCAGCCUGAGCGGCAGGAAGCUGAGGGACUAUCCGCGGGGCAGCGCCGCCAGCCACGACCUCAGCGACACCACCCAGGCCGAUUUAUCACGGAACAGACUCUCGGAGCUGCCUGCAGAAGCUUGUCUCUUCGUUUCCCUUGAGAGCCUUAAUUUGUACCAGAAUUGCAUUCGCUAUAUUCCAGAAGCCAUUCUGAACUUACAGUCAUUAACAUUUCUGAAUAUCAGCCGGAAUCAGCUCUCAACAUUGCCAGUUCACUUGUGCAACCUACCCUUGAAAGUGUUGAUAGCAAGCAAUAAUAAGUUGGUCUCCCUACCUGAAGAAAUAGGACAUCUCAGGCACCUGAUGGAGCUUGAUGUAAGCUGUAACGAAAUACAGACAGUUCCAUCACAGAUUGGCAGUCUGGAUUCUCUGCGGGACCUGAACCUCAGAAGAAAUCACCUGGUACAUUUACCUGAAGAGCUUGCAGAGCUGCCUUUGAUUCGGUUAGAUUUCUCCUGCAAUAAAAUCACAACAAUCCCAGUUUGUUACCGGAACCUCAGGCACUUACAGACAAUCACCCUAGAUAACAACCCACUGCAGUCACCCCCUGCACAGAUAUGCAUAAAAGGAAAAGUCCACAUUUUUAAGUACCUGAACAUGGAAGCAUGCAAAGUAGCACCAGAACUUCCAGAUUACGACAGACGGCCGAUGGGGUUUGGCUCUUGCCACGAGGAACUGUACUCCAGCCGACCCUACGGAGCACUGGAUUCUGGCUUCAAUAGUGUGGACAGCGGAGACAAAAGGUGGUCAGGAAAUGAACCUACAGAUGAAUUUUCUGAUCUUCCUCUGCGGGUGGCAGAAAUCACAAAAGAACAGAGACUGAGAAGAGAGAGUCAGUACCAGGACCAUAGAGGAAGCACAGUUGUCACCAAUGGUGGAGUGGAACAUGAUCUGGAUCAGAUUGACUUCAUUGACAGCUUUGUCACUGAAGAAGAGGAGGAAGAGGGCUCUCCAGUGAAAUCAAUAUCCAUCCGAGAAUUGCAUAGGUCAGAAGAUGCAAGGAGAUACUUGCAUCAUAAUAGGGGCUCCAGUGACUCAUCAUGCCUUCUGUCGCUGUCCAGCACCCACAGUCAGGUCUCUCACUUGGAGGGAGAUCCACACAAAAGACGUGAGCAUUUAGUGGAGCGGACCCGGAGAGAAGCCCAGCUCGCUGCCCUACAGUAUGAGGAGGAGAAGAUGAGGACGAAACAGAUCCAAAGGGAAGCUGUCCUUGACUUUGUCAAACAAAAGGCAUCCCAGAGCCCUCAGAAACAAAGCCAUCUGCAUAGUGAGUGCCCUUUUCCAUCCAGAAGGUCUCAGCACACUGAUGAUAGUGCCUUGCUGGUGAAUGGCUUUGAGCCUCUCUUAGUGUUUGAGAUUGACAGUAACACCAACACCAUUAAGAGGAGGCCGGGGACCCUCAACCAGAGUGAUGACAGAUCCACCAUCUCACCAAAUUCCCCUACUUCUCAAACAGUUCACCUCUCUGCUCCAUAUCCUGGCCCUGCUGUUGCUGCUGCUCCUUCCCAGAGAAAUCCUCCCCAGCGUCCUGACAGUUUCCUUUUCCGAAACGCUGCAAGGGAUGAAGUGAGCAAAGCCAUUACAUCGUUGUCCACUUCUGCCUCAACUCCCGCUAACAGCACUGAAGACUAUAGCGAAAACCACAGUUCCAAGCUGCAGGAUGAAGAAAUCGAGCUGAUCGAGCAACUGCGGAAAAACAUUGAGUCACGGUUGAAAGUGUCUUUGCCCAGCGAUCUUGGAGCAGCGCUGACUGAUGGAGUAGUGCUCUGCCAUUUAGCGAACUAUGUGCGGCCUCGUUCUGUUCCUAGUAUUCAUGUCCCCUCACCAGCUGUCCCUAAGUUAACAAUGGCCAAAUGCAGACGGAACGUGGAAAAUUUCCUGGAAGCUUGUCGAAAGAUUGGUGUGCCUCAGGAGCGAUUAUGUUUGCCUCUGCAUAUUUUAGAAGAGAGAGGGUUGACGCGGGUGGCAGAGACUGUGCAGGCACUUCUGGAGUGGGCCCCCCCCAAACAGCAGCACCAUCACCACCAGCAGCCGCAGCAGCAGCAGCAGCAGCAGCAACACCACUUGGCUGCUGUGUAACGUUCCCUGACACCUUGUUAUUUUGUCCUUGGCCAAGCUGAAGAGGGCCCAGACUUGACCGCUGGUGCAGCGCGUCCAGACACAGACGACGUCGUGUCCGAAGAAGGAGAUCUGUGUCCGGGAUUCCUGACGGGAAUAAUUUUGUUUCAUUUCUCCACUUUUUUUGGAGGUUACAAAAGUUUCCACUGAACUUUCUCUUUUUUAAAAUGUUCUUUGUAAAUUGAGUUUUGCUGGGACAGGAGGGUGGGAACUGGGGGAAGAAUUUCACUGGCUGUUGGCUUGAUUUUUAAAUAUGACUGCAAAAAAAUAAUAAUAAUUGGCAGUGUGGGCAGAGAAAGGAGGACGGCCUCUUAUCCCAGAAACAGACAUGUUAGAAAACUGUGAGAUUCCUAGUAUGUCUAAUUCGAAUAGGAAAUAACUUUUUUUUUUUGCAAUGCUUUAGUUUGUUUCAGCAAGGCCUGCAUGCAAGGCACAUCUUUUAGACUGGACCCUUUAUGAACACACCCGCAUUCCUCAGCCAGUACUUCUGAAGCAUACAUCUAAUUGCUCGAUUAUCUUUUAUUUUUGACAUCAGCCCACUGGAUUUUUGUACGGGAAUGCUUUUUAACGGAAGAUCUUCCUCUGGCAUUCUGUGUCAUGGGACAGCAUGAGAAAUUAAACAUGACAUGGUUCUUCUAUAAAUUAAUUACACAGAUUCCUGGGGAGAGAGAUUCCUGGUACGAAUUUAACUUCCGUUGUUGAAGCAACCCACAAAUGCCUUUUCCUUUAGAAGCAAACAGAGUCCUUGGCCUGUGUAUUUCAAAGGCAGGUUAACUAGAGAAGGGUGUAGGUUAUUGAAGUCAAUGGCGGCCUGUUGGGUGUUGCAGAGAAAAAGGUGCUCUUCAAUGGAUUUGAAAGGGAAAAAAAUCUCCCUUUUAAGUGUUUUUUUUUUCAUGCACAAGGUUUAAUCCAGGCUUUUUCGUCCAUUUCUGCAAUCUUCCUACCCCACCCCAUCUAUCCUACUCCUUAUUCAUCGCCUCCCUUAGACAUUCAGAAAAAUGUACCUUUAAGGGUGAGAUUCCAUCUUUAAAGGCAGCCCAAAAGUCGCUUUUCAAAGUAUACAGAUGAAGCUGAAAACCAUGCUAGUGCAUUUUAAAAAGCAGUUCUGCCUAGAAAGCACAUCAAUGAGUUGGGAUCUGCUUGAAUCUAAUAUUGACUCUGGCCACAGUUCCCUGAGUCUGUCUGUACUGUAUACCUGCUGCUCUGGGAAAUGCAGGCAAUUGCUGGUCUUUUUCCCAGGAUGUUCCUGCUUUGGGCCAAGGUUCCACAGCGUGUGUAGGUUUGGGAAUCAUGUCACUGAAAUGUCUCCCAGUUGGGAAACCAGACACAAGCCACCAGCUGCCUCAUAUUAACAGGACACUUCCAGAUUGAGCCAGGGACGAGGACUGGAAGUCUUGUGUCAAAGGCUGUGCUCAUCCUGUGACUGAGAGGAAGCGUAACAAGCAGGGCAAUCAGAAAGCUGUCUGUACAGGCAAACUUUGCCAUCCCUUAGGGGAGCAGUGUGCAAUCUAAGACCAACACCCACACCCACACAAUCCUUUGCAACGCCAUAGA